GAAAAUUCCGCUUCUUACUAGUUCGUGAGAGAUAAGGCUCAGCCGCUGAUGAUGCGCGCUCAUCGCAUCGUCCUCGCCCAGUUCGGGUCUUCCCCAGAAGCUCUACUGUCCCUCGCAUCUGGGUCGAAUUGCGCCCGGAAUCAAAUAUAUCCCUGGCAGAGGCCAUUAGAUUACGCCCUAUAAAGCGAUCGGAUCUAGGACGUUCCAUGAUUUGACCGCCCACCUCUUUGACUUGCUCUUUCGAUCAUGACUACACAGCCUGAUCUGGACGAUCUCCCGGCGCGAGGACCUGGUAUAGCUCUCCCUCCUUAUUCUUACAUUAUCCUCAAGUCUAGCAAUGAGAGGAUUGCCGCGGGAAGCUCGGUGGAGUUUAGCGCCUUGAUUUCUGGCAAAUUUGACCUUGAUAGGCCGAAAUUAGACCAAGCUUUCCAUAUUCUUCCUGAUGGGAGCAUUCGCCUUUCCAAUGGCAAAUAUACUUCCCCUGGACAUUAUGAAGACGAAGUAGACAUUGGAGAUAAUCCAUAUCAAUGGAGAAUCUUGUGGUCACCCAAGGGCUACACUAUUCACCACCAAAACGGCAGAGCAUGGACCUUCAUGGGCCCAAACAAACCGAUCGAAAUCCCGUCAGAAGCAGAUCCUGACAGGAAAGAAGAACGACAACUAAUUGAUUUUGUUCUGGAUGCGGCUCGGCCAGUGGAAUCUGAUGACGAGCCGGACGAAACUCUUCAACCUAUAUUUCCACAGGCCACCUCCAAGAUCAUCAUUACGGGCGCUCGGCUCCCGCGGCAAUUUUCGGGGAGAGGCCCUCCUCAAUUCCCACAGGACGUACAGUCGUGGCCUAACCGACUCGGGCCCUUACCCGCUCGACUCGAGAUCCACGAUUUCGUUAAAAACGAGAAAUUCUUUUCGCUUUACGUGCAAGCGCUGAAAAGGUUACAACAGUUACCGGAAGAUCAGAUGGAGUCGUACUACCAGGUCGCUGGGCUUCAUGGAUUUCCACUCGUCCAUUGGAACCAGUCCAACGUGGGCAAUGGCAUAUAUUGCAGGCAUGCUACGCCUAUCUUCGCGACCUGGCAUAGGCCCUACGUUGCGCUCUUCGAACAACUCAUCAGCCAACAAGCCCUGGAAAUUGCCGGGCAGUAUAAAAAGGACCAGGAUGAGUGGCUGGAAGCUGCGUUGGAUCUCCGUCAACCAUUCUGGGAUUGGGCGAGGCCUGGGGGAGCCGUGCCUCCCGAUAUUCUGAUCAGUCGCUCCACUCUGCGGAUUAUCACGCCCAAAGGGCCAAGGAACGUGGAGAAUCCUUUUCUUUACUACGCUUACAGGACUGGCGACAAGUCGACGGGAUCAUUCCCGCCAGAAUAUAAAGAGUGGACGAGAACCAUCAGGCACCCUUACAGCGACAGGCCAAUCCAGGAGAUCAGAAACUACUUGACUCAAGCGCAGGAGCAGAUUACGAUGCACACACAUGACUUGUUUGAAAUCAACGAUUGGGAAGAGUUCAGCAACAAAAAACAAACUCAAACGGGCUCUACUAGCAGUCUGGAAGCGCUUCAUGACACCAUUCAUGUCCUUGUCGGCGUAACGGACAUUUUUCUAGUGCCCUACGACCCGCUAUUCUUUCUGCAUCAUGCGCAAGUUGACCGGUUGCUGUCCCUAUGGAAAACAUUGCACGAAGACCAAUGGGUUUCUGGACCCGAAUUGACAGAAGAUCUUACUCCGUUCUGGAAUUCGAAUAAUUCAUACUGGAACUCGGACUUGAUACGCUCUCACGAAGUCUUCAAUCACACUUAUCCCGAAUAUCUGGAUGUUAAGGGAGAUCCACGUCAUCAUAUUCGAGAGACGAUCAAUCAGUUAUAUGGUGGCUCAUCCAACCGAGUCUUCAAGGGCUUAUCUCACCACUCUCACAUCACUUCGUGGUCCAUCCGCUUCCGGAUCAAGCCCUUCGUUAUUAGACAGAGCUUUUCCAUCGUUGUUUUCUUCGGUGAAGUACCAAAAGACCCGCAUUCGUGGUUUUCCAGCAGUGAUCUUGUCGGAACCUACGACGUUUUCAUCACCUAUCUCCCAGAAGAUUGUGAUAAUUGCCGUUCUCAUGAGCAUGAACCCAUUGAAGGCUUCGUGCACCUCACAUCCACCAUUCAAGACAAGAUACCACAUGUGCGUGAGGAUCAAGUACCAAGGUACUUGGAACAGCACUUGCGCCUGGGCCUUCGAAGAGUGGAUGGUACCGUGGCCAAACUAGACAAACUGGAUUUCGAAGCAAAAGUCCUAUCGAGGCGCAUUAAACCCGCAACUCAUCGAGGCCCGGCCAGAUUCCAUGUUGGAGAACAUACAACUCACCAAUUCGACAUCAAGCAUGGAGUACUCUGGUGA